GCCCCGCCGUGAGCGGGCCGCUAUUUCCUGUGGAAGGAGUCUCCUUCGCCUUCCCCUUUGGCUUUUGCGUCGCCUGUGCGGGAUCCCAGACGUGGCCCCUGUGGUGGCCCUGUCGCCUGUCGUGACCCUGUCGCCUGUCGUGACCCUGUCGCCAGGCCGGCCCCCAGCCCGGCGGGUUGGACCCUGACAAGCAGAGUGGGAAUAAACAGGGGCUGGGCGAUGGCAGAAGGGAGCGAGGUUUGUGGAAGUGAAGCCGAGAACUGAACUUUAACCCGAGCGUUGUCUCUGUGGGUGUUUUCCACACGGGAUUUCCCCUGUCGGGAGGCUGAGUGCCCGUGCCAGGGAUACGGGUGCCUAAGGAACAGCCCGAGCUCCUGGAGACAACCCGAGCGUCACCAGCAGCCUCUGCUCACCUUAAAGUCUCUGUCUCUCUCUGUAGGUGCUGAGCCAGGAUGGGUUUGGCCGAAGAAAAAGUGUACAGCCACAUUAUGAGGAACCUCAGGCAUUUCGGGACUAUCCAUGUGGGGUCGCUGGCUGAUUCCCUGACCUGCCUCGUCGAUUCUGACCGAGAUGAACUCCACGCCCGGGAGGAGAUGCGGGGCAGCCAGGCCACCGUCUUUAAGUUUUAUCAGCUCCUGAGGUGCCGGAAGGACUGGGUGCUGGAUCUCAUCCAAGCCUUACGCCACAACAACGCAGGACACCUGGCUGACGAGGUGCAGGAGGUGUAUGACACCUGGAAACCCCGUACGUAGUCCCUCAGCUCCCGCCCCGCCUCCUCCCUUCCCACCAAUGCCUGUCCCGCCACCUCCUCCGUCAGUGCCCCGACACCGUCCCUGCGGCCGAAUUCUGCUCCAGGAGCCCCACUGGCUGAGCAGCCUCGCCGGGACCUGCCCGCUGGUGACCAUCCACCCAUCCCACCCAGCGAUGCCACCACCAUGAGCGCCCAUCUGGAGGCCAGAAUCCCGGUGCAGGAAUCGCUCCCCAAAAAACUCCCGGAGCAAGAGAGUGUCCAGCCAACUCCACCUGGGAGCACAUUCUGUGACGGAGUGAGCGGAGAGGGACCCCUCUCCCACCCCGGUGAUACCAUGCAGGGGUCAGUGGGGACCCCCGGGCUGGCCAGUGUGUCCGUGCCAUCGGCCGUGCCCCCGGAGCAGGGCCGGGACUGGCUGAGCCGCCGGCCGGUGUGUGUGGACAACGGGUGUUUUGGGAAUGCCAACCACCUGCACCGCGGGGCGCCGGGCCUGGCGCUGGGCAGGGCUCUUCCAGCCAGGGAGCCCGGUGCCACUCACAGCCCCGAGCGGCCCCGCAACGAGCCCGAAGAGCACUCGGACGCGUCCACGGAAUUUCCCCCGAGGCUGGAGGAGGCCGCUCGUGGUGUGGGGCAGCAGCCCCCAAACUCACUGCCAGAAAAGCAGCCUGUGCCGAGCUCUGAGCCCCCGAGCAGCUUGGUGGAUGUGCGCAGCCCCCUCCUCAUACAGGAGCAGUUUGACGCAGAGAAGAAGCGGGUCCAGAUGCUGCAAGAGCACGGAGGGCGUGGAGACACUUCCACAGGAACAACCACCCUGGUCGCUACCCCUGUGCCCAGAGGCACUUCCCCAUCCUAUGACACCUCUGUGAAAUCUGUACCAGAGAAGAAACCGCCUGUUGGGAGCAGAGCUGGCAGCACCUACUCCAUGCCGACGGAGAAAGUGUUCCCAGCCUCGGCAGAGCCUCUCCUUGGCACAGCUGUGGUGGGAAGCUCCGAAGGCACGGCUGGGAGAUCGGCCUCCCGGGUGAGCUCUGACACGAGCACCUGGGCAUCCUGCAGCGAUGCAGAGGAGGGUGUGGAGCUCAGCAAGCCGGGCGUCCUUGUCUCCGAGGCUCCGGGGGACACAGAGGUGCCCGGCAGAUGCCCGGGCUCUCACGGGCCCAGCAACCCCAAUUCUGCAGCCUCCGACAGCCUCGGCCUCAGCAGCGACCCAAUCCUGGUGAGCAGCGAUAGCUCGACAGGAGCAUUCUCCAGAGGCUCCUCGGCUCCCGCAGCUUGUGCAGACCCUGGGGGACAGGAAGCAGAUGGAGCGAGCAGAGACUCCCGUCCGACUCCGAGCUGGGACAGCACCUCCGUGGGCAUCCAUGAGGUCUGUGUGGAUCACUACCCCAGCGUCCAGCUCGGAGCUGGCAAUGAUGGAGUCGGUCCCCUUGGAAGCUCUCCGGAUUUCGACUCCAGUGCUGGCUGUGGCGCUGCCACCAGCUCGUCUCAGGCCAAGGUCCCCACAGGGGACAGCAACGGCCCGUCCCUGCCGUACAUCCUCCCUGCCGUGGGCAUCGCCGUCAUCUCUGCCGUGGCAUUCCUGGUGUACGCUCGGCUCCAGAAAUAGCAGCUGGGAUGUCACGCAGCCGGGACGAUUCCUCUGGCAACAGGAUUCUGGCCAACGUGUUUGAAGCCUGAAGAGCAGCGGGGGGACGGGAGGGGUGUGGUUAAAUCUCUUUCUGGAAGGUUCUGCUGGAAGAGGCCUUGGUACGGGAUGCUGUUGGGUUUGGAUCUGUUCCAUCCAAUUUCCCAACCAUCUUCUUUUUACACCCACGGAGAGGGUCUCUCUCCAGGGCAGUGCCUUGAGUCAGAAAAGUCCUCGUGGCGAUUCUCCACGUCUUCCUUGUUUGGUCCCAGGAGGCCCCAGGGAAACAUGCACUGGUGAUCCAAAGGGUGACCCCCUGGGUGCCUUUGGGCAGCAAAGCCAGGAGAGAAUUUGCAGGUAUCCUGUAACAGCAGAGCUGGUUUUCUUGGCUCUGCUCCUCUUGGCUUGAAAACAUGCCCGAGGAUUGGUGCAGGAGCCUUCACCAGGCGUCUCAUGUUCAGUUUGCCUUACUUGAUAUCUCUGGCACUGCCAGACACCUUUGAGGGGCUCUGCAGCUCCUUCUGGGGUCGCUCCAUGCAGCACCAACCCUGGGGAUAAACAGGAGGGUCAGGAGGGAGUUGCAUCUAACCAGUGUUCCUGAGGAUUGGCCUCAUUUCACCCCCUCCCGGCAGGAAAACGGGAUUCUGCUUUAAGGGGAAUGUUUCAGGCAAUGCCAGCAUUAAGCAGACUUGGUCCUACUCAGGGUUGUAGGGUGUCUCUGAUCUUUAGGCUGGAUUUUGGGGGUGUGGCUGGAGGGGUGGAUGGAGUUCUCAUCAUUCCUGAUACCUGCUGCUGUGGUAUAGGAAUACAGGAAGCUUGUGCCCUGUGCCCAGGCUGGGACACAAACAGGAUCCACUGCACACUGCAGGGGUGCCAUACAGAGGUCUGAGAUGCUCUGGGCCCAGGGAGACAUUCCAGCACCUUCCAGUGCCUAAAGGGGCUCCAGGAGAGCUGGAGAGGGACUUUGGGCAAGGGCCUGGAGGGACAGGACAAGGGAGAAUGGCUUUCCACUUGCAGAGGGCAGGGUUAGGUGGGAUAUUGGGAAGAAAUUCUUGGUUUUGAUGGUGGUGAGGCACUGGCUGGCACAGGUUGCCCAGAGAAUCUGUGGCUGCCCCUGGAUCCUUGGAAGUGUUCAUGUCCAUGUUGGACAGAGCUUGGAGAAACCUGGAGCAACACUUCUAAUCCAAGCUAUUGCUUCUUCCCUGCUUUCCUGUGUUACAGAAUCACAGAAUGGUUUCGGUUGGAAGGAACCUUAAAGACCAUCUUGUUCUACCCCCUGCCAUGGGCAGGGACACCUUCCACUAGCCCAGGUUGCUCCAAGCCCUGUCCAACCUGGAUACUUCCAGGGAUAGGGCAGCCUCUCUGGGCAACCUGUGCCAGGGCCUCCCCACCCUCACAGGGAAGAAUUCCUUCCCAAUAUCCCAUCUAUCCUUGCCCUCUGGCAGUGGGAAGCCAUUCCCUGUGUGCUGUCCCUCCAGGCCUUGUCCCCAGUCCCUCUCCAGCUCUCCUGGAGCCCCUUUAGGCCCUGCCAGGGGCUCUCAGGUCUCCCUGGAGCCUUCUCUUCUCCAGGGGAACCCCCCCAGCUCUCCCAGCCUGGCUCCAGAGCAGAGGGGCUCCAGCCCUGGCAGCAUCUCUGGGGCCUCCUCUGGACUCUCUGCAGCAGCUCCACGUCCUUGUGCUGUUGUUCCCAGGGCUGGGGCAGCUCUGCAGGGGGGUCUCCCCUGAGGAGGGCAGAGGGGCAGAAUCCCUUCCCUCAAACCCACGUGUCCAGUAACUUACUUGUCCUGAAUUCCUGCUGUCAGCACAGCUUUCCAAAAUCCAUCGUUCCUGCUGGCUUGGAGCAGGAGGGAGGUCAUCUCCCUGGAGCCUGGCUGCCAACUGCAGCCUUUGUGCCCAGAGCUGGGCCUGCGUAGGGAAGGGUCCAUCAGCUGUGUGAUGGAAUGGCUGCUCCUCCCUCCUAACACUUCCCCUGCACCCAAAAAUCCAAGAAGUGCCUCCAAUAAUCCACUAAGGACAGUAAAUACAUGCAGGGAGGUGCUGAUUCCGGUGUGAUGGGGCUGCUCUCCCAGGAGAGCUCGAGAUGUUCUUUCCUUGCUCAGCGCCUGGUGACGUAUCCGUGAGAGGAGGGAGCAGUCCUUAUAAAAGCUCCCGUCUGCCAGGAGUGGGAAUGUGGGGGCUGAUCUUCCUGUUUAAGAUAACAGGGUUAUCAUUCCCUAAAAAGAGGGGACAUCCAUGAGAUCCCAACCAGCAGCAUCCAUACCAAGGCCGUCUUCUCUGAUGCUUUACUCACCUGCAAAAUUCUUCCCGAGUUUUUCCCUACUUUAUAGCAGCAGCUUUUCAGCUUUGCCUUUUGAUGUCGAAUUUCCCCUGUGAAACAGCCGGUCCGUCACCACCUCGGGCCAGGGAGGAGCACACGUUCGGAUUUCUCUGUGGAGUGCUGGGGUUUUCACAGUCAUUACGUAGCACUUUAAAGCCCCACGGGGCAGGAGAUGGAGCAGGAGGGAGCUGUGUCCCUGCUCAUCUUUUACUAACAGGACGAAAAGCCUUUUACUAACUGUAAUAAAUUGGUUUGAUGCUUGA